AUGAGUUUUUUCGGAUUUGGACAGACAGCGGAUAUCGAAAUUGUAUUCGAUGAUGCUGACAAACGCAAAGUUGCGGAGGUAAAGACAGAUGAUGGUAAAAAGGAGAAACUACUUCUCUAUUAUGAUGGUGAAACUGUUUCUGGGCGUGUUAAUGUAACAUUGAGGAAGCCAGGCUCUAAAUUAGAACAUCAAGGUAUUAAGGUAGAACUAAUCGGACAGAUCGAACUUUACUACGAUAGAGGUAAUCAUCAUGAAUUUAUAUCGCUGGUAAAGGAGCUCGCUCGUCCUGGGGACCUUUUGCAGCACACCUCUUAUCCAUUUGAGUUCGCUAACGUUGAAAAACCUUACGAAGUGUACACAGGUGCUAAUGUGAGAUUAAGGUAUUUUUUGAGAGCCACAAUUGUCAGACGCCUGACGGAUAUAGUAAAGGAAGUUGAUAUUGCGGUACACACAUUAUGCAGCUAUCCAGACGUCUUAAAUUCUAUAAAAAUGGAAGUAGGCAUUGAAGACUGCUUACAUAUAGAGUUUGAGUAUAAUAAAUCAAAGUAUCACUUAAAAGAUGUUAUUGUUGGUAAAAUCUACUUCCUUCUUGUUAGAAUAAAAAUAAAACACAUGGAAAUAUCAAUUAUAAAAAGGGAAACAACUGGAUCAGGCCCACAUGUAUUUACUGAGAAUGAAACGGUUGCCAAGUAUGAAAUCAUGGAUGGAGCGCCAGUUAGAGGAGAGAGUAUUCCCAUUCGCGUGUUUUUGGCCGGUUAUGACUUGACACCAACCAUGAGGGAUAUCAACAACAAAUUUUCUGUAAGAUAUUAUCUUAAUCUUGUGUUGAUGGAUACUGAAGAUCGGCGCUACUUCAAACAACAGGAAGUAACUCUGUGGAGGAAAAGCGAUAAGUCUCGUUUGCCUCUCCAUAACCCACACCAUCCCCAAAAUCUUACAAAUCCAACACCUCAGAGGCAGCUAAGUGCUUCCAGUGAGGACAAUUCAGUUAGGACAGUGUCACCCAAUGCACCAGAAAUUCUACAAAGAUCUGUUUCACCGCCAAUGCCUAGUGAUAAACAAAAUGGCCCUGCACAAAUGGAAAAAGAAGAAUCUGACCCUUUACCAAACAAGAUGUCCAAAACACACAUUGAUAGUGAACCUGACAUACUAGAAAGCCCUGAAAAUGACUCCUCUACAAAAGAACCAGAAAAUGGAACAGAAUCAUCAUUAAACCCUGAGAAUAUUGUUAAAAUAGUAGAAGCGGAAAAACCACUGAUUAGUGAAAAACCUCAAGUUGUUAAGAAACCCAAACAGCAAGCGGAGAAAGUGAUGGUAGCAGAGAAACCCCUUCUUGCUGAGAAACCCCUGCUAGCUGAGAAACCCCAACUUGCUGAAAAACCCACACUAGCUGAUAAUGAAACAAGUCCAAGUCAAUAG